CUCCCGUGCAUCGCUGAAUCGGAGCACCAGUUCGCUGGGAUCCAAAACUCAGCUGACCUCUCCGGGAAAUGACCGCCCGUCGGGUCAGUCAUCGAUUCCGACUCCGGUUUCGUCCAUUCCUACCAUGGUUAAGGCCGGCGAUCGGUACGAGUCCUUGCACCGAUCGCACAUCAGCCCACCGGAAUCGCUACAGACCUCGAAACGAGCCUCGUUCGUGGAAACUGGAUUUGUCGAAACUCUCAAACCACAGUUCACCCCUGGACAAUCGUUGACUUCUCCUUCGCCGGCUCCCUCCACCGAGGAUCGCAUUCAUCUGCUACAGUUGCAGCAGGAGAUCGAAGACCUGAAAACGCAAAAUAAAGAUCUGGUGGAAAAGUUGGAAACGCUAAAAGUACGUCGCGCGGAGGAUAAAGAGCGGCUGCGCGAGUUCGACAAGAUGAAGACUCAGUACGAUCAGCUGGUGGAGUUCAAGAGUAAGAUCAUGGAUGCGCAUUCGCAACUACAACGGGACUAUCAGAGAGCGAAACAAGAAGCCAAGGAUGCCAUUGAGGCUCGCGACUUGCACAUUGAAGAGAUGGCCGAAUUGUCGGAGAAUGUUGAAAUGAUUACGCUGGAUAAGGAAAUGGCCGAGGAAAAGGCCGACACCUUGGCACUCGAGCUGGAAACGGCCAAGGAAAGGAUCGAAGAACUGACAUUGGACUUGGAGAUCAUGAAAACCGAAAUGCAGGAAAAGAUGGCUGGCGGUGGAGUGAUUUCCGACGGUGCUGGAUCAGGAGUUUCUACGUAUGAAUUCAAGCAACUUGAACAACAAAAUGCAAGACUGCGGGAAACGUUAGUACGUCUGAGGGAUCUCUCCGCACACGAGAAGCACGAAAUUCAAAAGCUCGAGAAAGAGUUGGAAACUAAAAAGUCCGAAGUCGCCGAACUGCAGCGGACCAAGGAGAAGCUUUCCUCCAAAAUUGACGAAUUGGAGGCCCAACUCAACGAUCUGCAGGAACAGGUUGAUGCUGCUUUGGGCGCGGAAGAAAUGGUAGAGCAACUAGCCGAGAAGAAGAUGGAAUUGGAAGAUAAAGUUAAGGCCUUGGAAGAAGAAGUGGCCGAAUUGGAAGCGCUAGAAGAAGUACACGAACAACUGGUCGAAAGCAAUCAUGAGCUAGAGAUGGAUAUGCGCGAGGAACUGGACAUGGCUCACGCUGCCAAACGAGAAGCUGUUCGCGAAAAGGACGCUGCAUUGGAGACAAUUGUGGAUCGGGAUCAAACCAUCCUUAAAUUUAGGGAACUGGUUCAGAGAUUGAACGACCAGUGUCAAGAACUUCGGGAGAAGAUCAACCAGGAAUCGAACAAGGUGGUGAAAGACACCAUUUCGGAAACGAUCGACUUCAAGCAGAUGUUCGCCGAGUCGAAGGCCUUUACCAGAGCCAUCGAUCUUCAAUUGCGGCAGAUCGAGCUGACCCAGGCCAACGAGCACGUAAAGUACUUGACGGCGUUCAUGCCGGAAGUGUUCAUGGCUCGUGGUGGCGAUCACGACGCGAUCUUGGUCAUUCUGUUGGUUUCCCGCAUCGUUUUCAAAUCGGGCAUAAUCGUCAGUCAGGCUAGGGAACGAUUCUCCGCCGUGCCGCAGAUCGAUCGUUCUGCCAUCGUUAGUGGCCACGAGGUUUACCAGUUCCGUUUCCGGUCGAGAUUGCUUCACCAUGUGCACAACCUGCAAAGUAUUAUGCAUCAGUUCCUUUACGGUUUGACCGCAUGUUCUGCCGAUACGUUGCUGAAGAUUGGAUCAUCACUGCCGGAGAUGCAAGCCCAGGAGAAGAUGGUCGAUGAAAUUGUGGAUUUGUUGAAGGCCAACCAGCUGGACGAGAAUUCUUCCACCGACAAUCUGGAGAAAUGUGUGACAUUCUUCAACGCCAUGUAUUUGGUGCUGCUUUCCGGUGAAGAUCUGCUGAACGAAACGCAAAUUGUGCGUGAUUGCACUGCGUCUAUUUCGGCUGCCUGCGACUCCAUAUCAACGGAUGCCGUCGUGAUGAAGACGCUGAUUCAGGGAGGUGACGAGACCAGCGAUUCCGGUCUACUGAUGCAGUACAUCAUUCAGAACGUAGAAUCGGUAAAACAACAGCUCAAACUCACCAAACGACGUCUACCGCAGGACGUCAGCAUCACAAAGUGUAAUCUCUCUAUGAAUACGUUGCAAAACUUGAAGAAGACUGCCGAGUCCUUGAACAAGCUGAUGAGCGUUAUGUUCUACAGCGCCAAGCAGGUUAUCCAAAUGGUUACGGCCGAUCCCGAGUCGGAGGUAUCCGUACCGCAUGACAAACUCUGGGAAAUGCUGUCAAAUGCAUGCGAAAAGGUCUACGAACAAGACGACCUGGGUCCCUCGCAGAACAUCCGUAACGUGCUAAGCAAGACCAGUACCGACAUGAGCCAGCUGGCACAAUAUCUACUCGACCACGAGUACGAAAUCAUGUCCGGAACGAACGUCAAGCCGGAGGAAAAACCCGUGGCACCUAUCAUCCUGCGCGCCCAGGCCGUCAAGAAACAGCUGGAGGAGACAAAAACACUCACGGCAACGCUGGAGAACCGAGAAGCCGAAAUCCGACAGCUCAAGCUGGCGGCCAAACUCAAACAGAACGAACUGUCCGAAAUGCAAAUACGCAAGGACUUGGCCGAGAAGAAGUUGUCAGUGCUGCAGCAGGAUCACGAGAUCAACACGGCCCGGCUGCAGAAGCAGUACGACGAAGUUUGCCAGCGGCUCAAACAGAAAGAGAAAGAGUUCGAAGAAACCAUGGACCAUCUGCAGAGCGAUAUCGACUCACUGGAAAGUGAGAAGAGCAGCCUCCGAGACAAGCUCAAGUCCUACAGCUCAAAGAAGGGUGAUCUCAAGACCACCACUGCUCUCGAUAUCUCCGCCAGUUCACCGUACAUCGCCCAAGAGCUAUCGCUGCUCAAGAAGGCUUUCAAGGACGAGCGCACCGAGCGGCUAAAGGUUCAGGCCAACGAAUACAAGAAGAUCCUGGCCAACCUGGAACCGCUGCACGUGCCCCAGCCCAAGGAUGAGCGCAUCGAGAAGCUGGAGCAGGAGAUCACCAAGGUGAAGCACGACUGGAUAAUGUCGCUGGUCCGGGGCGCCGAAAUGCCAGCAACGCAGACCGCCCAAGGCAGCGUGUCCAAGGCGAUCAUCGACCACGAAAACCAACAGAAACGCAACCAGCAGCAGAUCAAAACGAAAGCCGAACAGCUGGCGUGCGAAAUCAUGGACGAGUAUCUGAGCAGGAAGCCCCACCGAGCGGCACGGGGCGACUUUGCGAUGUUUCCUUCGACCGAGCUGACGGCGGCUUUCAAGAUGAACAUCAAAGUGUAGACUGUGGCUGCGUAGUGGUAAGGUAAGGUUCGCUAUUUCACUAGAAACUAUUAAAAAUUGUGAGCAAUUGCUUUAAAAUGGCAGGCUGUUGUACUAAUCAUGCUUUAGAAUUUUAAUUUUCCUGUGCAGCGAUUGUAAUCAAGGCAUCUUCUUAACGCCUUGAUAUCAAGUGAUUUGAAUUAUUCAAAAAAAUCGGAUAAACUAUCCCUUAUUCCACGUUUGUAGCUUAUUUCGUAGUGUUUUCAGUUUUAUUUCUUUACGUUAUUUAUUACAACACUAGCAAUAUAACAACAAAUUAAAAAUAUAUACUCCAAACAAUGAUCAUACAAAUUGAA